AUGGCCAGCCCUAUCGGUAUCUUGAACUCUCAGCAACAGAGCUCGGUCAAUACUCCGACUAACAAACAAACCAUAUGUGGCACUGUCAUCGCCAUCGAUUACGGCGUGGACAGAUUCUCGGUCGGAUACAUCAACCCCGCGACCAACGAACACGAACUCUUCCCCGACAAUGAAGGCGAGACUUGGAUUGCCUCCCUUGUCCGCAUCACUGACCACCCCGACGGCACCCAAGACGUCCUCGUUGGAAAAGACGCCGUUCUCCGACCCCUUGGCGCACACGAAAAUGCCGUCGGAGGGUCCAUCAGGCUCCAACAGGAACAAUACUUCACCCAAAUCCGAACCACCAACUAUAGUAACCCCGUUCCCAAACACAUAUAUGACUUUCAACCCGAUGUUGCCUAUGGUCUAGGAUUACCCGAGGCGAUGCCCAUCGUCUUCUUGGGCCAGCACCUGGGGCGGUGGUUGAAUUCUGCGGUGCCAAGGAGUACGUGCGUGGAUGGGAAGUACAAGCUUGUUGGGGAUGAAUGGAAGGGCAUCGCGGGGAUGCCGUCGAUAGGGCCGUAUGCGUAUAAUUCCAACGCGGGUGAGUGUGAGUUGCAUGCGAAGUCGGAUGCGGAGAGAGAUUGGAAGGAUCAGGUGGCGAGGAACGGGUAUGAGCGGCGGCAAAAGAUCCAGUCUUUUUUGAUGGGACGAGCCAAGGAAUUGGCCGAGACGCGGUUGCUAAAGGGAAAUGUCAAGUUUGCGGUGGUGGUGAUCCCUUCUUUGUCAACCAACCCAUCAAAGAGUCCGCAGCCUGAAUCGACGAUUGACGCCGCUGCCCGGGCUGGAUUGGAGACUGUUCGGGUCCUGGACAACUCGGAGGCUGCUGUUCUUGCGUACGAGUCGGUGAUUUCCAGGGAAGAGGCCAUUGCAGGACGACCACAGAGGAUUGUGGUGUACUACUUGAACAACCUCACCGAGGGGAUUACGGUGUUCGAAGCCUCCCGUGCCCAGUCGUCCGAGGACAAGGAUGAGGGUGGGUUCUUGGGGUUGAAGGAGGUGGCCAAGUAUCAUUUCUACCAGUCGGUUAAGACGCGGAUGCUGUAUGCCAUGGCCAAGAAGAUAUUCGAGAAGUACACCGCAGGGGAAUACCACACGAACGAGAACUCUUCUAACGCCACUGGUGUUCAUGCCGAACAACUUCCUCACCCUGACGCUUCCGAAUGGGCCAUGAACAUGAUUUAUAUCGCCGUAAGAUGGGCUGAAAUGUGGAGUCCCGAGACGGGGGAUGUCCAGGAACAGUACUGGGUCUCGGCUCACAACUACGUCUUGUUCUCGCAUCAGGAGUGGUGGGAUUUCGAGAAGGAGUUCUUGAAGACGCAUUAUAGGAAUAUGUUGGAGCGAGCGUAUGAGAAGAGCGGAGUUAAGGAGGAAGAGAGGCGGGUAAAGUUGGAUUUGUUUUUGGUCGUGGAUCAAUCGCAGUUCAAAAAUAUCUCAUCUGGUGCCAUGAUGGAGGCUCUUGGUGGUGGGGUGAGGGAGUUGUAUGAUCCGGCGAUUGCGCCUGAACAUGCUGAUUCUUAUGGUGCCGCGCGACUUGCAGAGUACCUUACCAAGCGGUCUUCUCACUCUUCCUGCACAUGA